AUGGCAAGUUAAAUUUUUGGGGGUUACUGCAGUUUUAGAGCAAGAAAUUUGAAGAGGGUUACUGUAGUUUUCAAGCAAAAAUUUUGUUGGGGGUUACUGUAGUUUUAGAGCAAGAAAAAGUUGGCGAGGGUUACUGUAUUUCUCAAGGAAAAAUUUUUCAAGGUAAUUUUAAAGAAAAAAUUGGCAAUGGUUUUCGGGCAAAAAAAUUUUAGAUUUUCUGUAUUUUUCAAGUAACAAAUUUUUCAGAAUUACAGUAACUUUCAAGCAAAAUUUUUUUGAAGGUUACUGUAAUUUUCGAUCAAAAAAUUGGCGAGGCUUACUGUAGCUUUCAAGAAAAAAAAUUUUCUGGGUUACUGUAGUUUUUAAGCAAAAAAAAUUUGGUGAGGCUUACUGUAGUUUUCAAGCAAAAAUUUUUUGGGUUACUGUAAUUUUCAAUCAAAAUCUUUGGCGAGGGUUAUUGUAGUCUUCAAUUCAAAAAUUGUAUCAUACUUUGAUUAGGUCUUGCCAGCUGAUGGUAAAAAUUUUCAGAGUAGCCUAUUCUCCCUUGUGGCCAUUUUCGGCUGCGUUUCGGCCAAUGUUUUCACGCCCUACCUCAAGGACCACCUUGAACUCCCUUCGGGGGCCGAGAAAUUGUCCGGCGAUGCUCUCGUCGACUACAUCAACUCAUUGAAGACCACUUGGACUGUAAGGAAUCGUAAUUUCUUAGGAUACUCUCAGUCUGUCGGGAAAAUAAUAAGCAAAAUGUGGCUACGUCAAUCGUGUCGCUGAAGUGAAAAAAAUUUGAUUUCGCCACAACACAACUCAUUUUCUUGACGAAAAAAAUCCCAGUUUCGCUGCGACAGAGAGCUCAUUAUUUUCCCGACAGAUAGCACACUUAUAGCAAAAAAUAUUUACAUUUCUAGGCCACCAAGAACAACCGAUUCAUUGGGCUUUCGCACGAACAGCAACAAACCUUUCUCGGGGUCUUGGACGCCCCCAAAGAGUUCGAAAACUUGACUUCAACUCAUUUAACCGUCAAUUCCGCUCUCCCCGCCGAAUUCGACGUGCGCCAAAAGUGGCCACAAUGCGCGAAAAUCCUGAACGACAUCCGCGACCAGUCCAACUGCGGGAGUUGUUGGGCCGUGGCCACUGUGUCCGCCAUCUCCGAUCGUAUUUGCAUCAAGAGCAACGGGAAACUGCAGGUCCCAAUCUCGGCCCAAGACUUGAUGAGUUGCUGCCGCAACUGCGGCUACGGCUGUAAUGGAGGCUAUCCGGAGGCGGCGUGGAACUACUACCACUCGAAUGGGAUCGUCUCGGGAGGCGCGUACAACACCAAGGACACUUGUCGCCCCUAUCCCUUCAAACCAUGCGCUCAUCAUGUCAAGGUAGGGAGGGGAGAGCACGUCAAACUGACAAGGGAAGUACCCCAAGUGCGACGCUCAGAUUUUCUUUAAAUUUUGCACACACGUCGGGUAAGGACUAAAUAUCAAGUCCUGAAAGUUUUAGCUCGCGCUUUGCGGCGCCGCCGAGAUAUCGAACGAUUUUUGCCGCCGAGAGAGCACGCUAAACGUGGAGAGCGGUCAGAGAGAAAAACGCUUUUUGGCCAAAACUUUGUCCAAAAACUCGAGCUAGGCCACAUAUCAAUUCCUUAAAAUUUUAGCUCUGAAUUUACAUAGGGAGCCGAGAUAUUCAACGGUCUUUUGCGGAUGAGAGGGUACACGAAAUGUGGAGAGCGGUCAGAGAAAAGACACUUUUUGGCCAUAACUUUGGCAGUUUCGUGCGGAAAAAUUUGAUUUUUUGUAGAAACAUUACCCUUUACGGUAGAAAUAGGCAUGAAACUUUUCGUGCCGAAAUUCGGCAAAAAGUCCUAAAAUUUUCGCCGACUUUCGAUCAAAAAAUCUCGGUUGUUUCUGCAAAGCGCGAGCUAGGAUUUUCACAUAUAUCUUAGAAAAACUUAUUCUAAAUUUGUGCCAAGUUUCAUCAAAAUCUGAGCGUUGCACUUGGGGUACUUCCCCUGUAACAGCUUGCUAAAAAUCGCCUUUGCUUCAGGGUACCGCGUACAAGGACUGCCCCAGCAACAUUGAGCGAACUCCAGCCUGCACUCCCACUUGUGUCACCAACUACUUGACCUACAACAGUGACAAGCAUCGGGCCGAGACUUCGGUGUUUGUGUUCAGAAGCGAGCAGUCGAUUCAGCAAGAGAUCCUGGAGAAUGGGCCGGUUGAGGCCGCGUUCACCGUCUUCGAAGAUUUCUUGCACUAUGAGGGAGGUGUUUAUGAGGUAAGCAAAGAAUAUAUAUAUAUAUAUAUGUAUGUAUGUAUAAAUAUGUAUGUUAUUAUCAGUCUGUCGGGAAAAUAAUGUGGAUUUUUUGCUCCUUGAAAUUGCUCAUCGUCUGUUUGCGAUGGCUAGCAACGGUUGAUUUGUCUGCGACGCGACGAAAAAUUUUGCUGCGACAAAUCCACAUUAUUUUCCCGACAAGUGUGAACAUACCAGAAAUUCUGGAAAAAGUUCCUUAUUUUGGCCACAACAAAGGUACUCCGCGAACUGCGCCCAAGCUUGGGGCACUAAAGUUAGGAAAAAAAACGCUUCGACCUAGCUCGGCACUGACUUACUGUAUAUAGUAGCUCAAUAGUUUUAAGGGUACGAAGACAAUGACGACUCAUUUAGUUCCAUACGGAGGCAAUAAGUUUAGUUCCGGACAUGUUUCAUCGUAUAAAGUGUAAAAUCACAGGCUGCAGCCGUUUUUGAAGGGUAAGGUGGUACGUAAAAAAGAAGGUACCUCACUAACUAAAUCCACUGUCCGGGCAUUGACAACGGUGAAUUGAGCGUGCACGCAAAAUUUGGGCUAAUUCCGACCAGUUGCCGCAAAGUUAUAAGUUGUGGCCAAAAUAAGGAACUUUUACCGAAAUUCUCACCAUCUACGGAGGCAUAGCUGAUCUAGUCGCAAAAAGCAUAUCGUUUUGCAUCUGGGAAGUAUCAAAAAAUGUGGCAAAAUACCUCCUUCUCCAAGUGGAAAAACUCCAUUUUGAAGAGUUUCCCUCACAAAACUCCCUUUUGAAAUCAGACUUUUUUUCACUUGAAGAGGGAGGUAUUUUGCCACAUUUUCUGAUACUUCCCGGUUGCAAAAUGGUACGUUUUUUGCCACAGGUCCACCACUGUAAUACCAAGAAGUUUCUAACCACCCAAAAUUCCAGCACAAGGCCGGCCGAAGCAAGGGCGGUCAUGCCGUGAAGAUCAUCGGAUGGGGAGUUGAGAACGACGUCAAGUACUGGUUGGUGGCCAACUCCUGGAACGAGGGAUGGGGAGAGAAGGGCACCUUCCGCAUUCUCCGAGGCCGCAACCAUUGCGGAUUCGAGAGCAGAGUCACCUCCGCCGAACCGCGAUUGUAA